AUUCCAGCAUCAAAACCAUAGAUCGCCGAGACAAAAACCCUGUCACUUUGGGACAAGGGCCAUGUUGGUCAAGCAGGCACUAUGCGGCCUCCCAAGAGGCUACAGCAAUGCCCUGCUUUGGCCAGCAUACACCAGGGCUGCAAAACCCCUCCGUUCCUUAGUCACCAGUAACCAUCACGUCUCUCGUGCUAGACCUCCCAAAGCUGCUUCUGUCUGUACUGCACUCACUAGCCGUCGCCAGUUAUCAGUAUUGCAGACCGCCACCUCCCCAACAGCAGUGGCAGAGGCAGCAGAUCCCGAUGCAUUGCCGGUGACACCCUACACUCCACCAACGACCGGUCUCCUCUCUGUCCUCCCAGCAUCAUGGGUGCCAUACGCGGAAUUAGUCCGCCUGGACAAGCCAACAGGAACCUACUACCUGUACUGGCCCUGUCUGUGGUCCACUCUCCUCGCUGCACCCCUCGCUAUGCCCAUGGCUACACCCCUUUCCGUCGUCGGGACCUCCCUCCUCUUCUUCAGCGGCGCCAUCAUCAUGCGCGGCGCAGGCUGCGCAAUCAACGAUCUAUGGGACCGGAAUCUAGACCCACACGUGCGCCGCACGCGUCUCCGGCCAAUAGCGCGUGGUGCCAUAACUCCAUUCAAAGCGCUUGUCUUCACUGGCAGUCAGCUCUUUGCAGGUCUCGCGAUCCUCCUGCAAUUCCCAACGCAGUGCCUCUGGUACGGCAUCCCGAGUUUGGCGUUUGUAGCGAGCUACCCGCUCAUGAAGCGCAUCACAUAUUACCCGCAACUCGUCCUGGGAUUAACCUUUUCCUGGGGCGCCAUCAUGGGCUUCCCAGCUCUUGGCGUCGACUUGCUGCAGAAUAACGCGGCCCUGGCUGCCGCUGCUUUGCUGUACGCGUCGAAUAACGCGUGGGUCGUCUUAUACGACAUGGUCUAUGCGCACAUGGAUAUCAAAGACGACGUUAAAGCUGGGAUUAAAAGCAUCGCCCUCGCUCACGAUAAGGAUACCAAGGCGAUUCUCUCUGGGUUGGCCGUCACUCAGAUUGGGCUCCUAGCUGCGGCUGGAUUCGCGGCUGGGUCGGGGCCGGCCUUCUUCAUCGGUAGCUGUGGAGGCGCGGCUGUGACGCUUGCUGUGAUGAUCAAGAGAGUCAACCUCAAGGAUGCUAAGAACUGUUGGUGGUGGUUUGUCAAUGGCUGCUUGUAUACGGGCGGAGUCAUUUCAGCGGGAAUGGGAGCAGAUUAUUUGAUCCGAUAUUAUGGAAACGAAAAGCCGGAGUCACAGUCCGAUAGUGUAUGAUUCUGUAAGAUACGUGUAGAUAAAUUGCUAUAAAUAAAGACCCU